CCAGCUCAGCCAGCAGACCUCCUGAAGGUUCUAGAUUUUCACACCUUGCCCGACGGCAUAACCAAGACAACAGGGUUUUGCUCCACGCGGCGGUCUUCCAAGAGCCCGGAUGUCGCUUACAGAGUCACGAAGGAUGCCCAGCUCAGCGCGCCCACCAAGCAGCUGUACCCUGCGUCUGCGUUUCCCGAGGACUUCUCCAUCCUAGCCACUGUGAAAGCCAAGAAGGGCAGCCAGGCCUUCCUGGUCUCCCUCUACAACGAGCAGGGCAUCCAGCAGCUCGGCCUGGAGAUGGGCCGCUCUCCCGUCUUCCUCUACGAGGACCACACGGGGAAGCCGGGGCCGGAAGACUACCCCCUCUUCCGGGGCAUCAACCUGUCGGAUGGCAAGUGGCACAGAAUCGCGCUCAGCGUCCACAAGAAGAACGUCACCCUGAUCCUGGACUGUAAGAAGAAGGCCACCAAGUUCCUGGACCGCAGUGACCACCCCGUGAUCGACACCAACGGCAUCGUCGUGUUCGGCACCCGGAUCCUGGACGAGGACGUGUUCGAGGGUGACAUCCAGCAACUGCUCUUCGUCUCAGACCACCGGGCGGCGUACGAUUACUGCGAGCACUACAGCCCCGACUGCGACACUGCUGUCCCCGACACCCCCCAGUCCCAGGACCCCAACCCAGACGAAUACUACCCGGAGGGCGACGGGGACAGCGAGCCCUACUACUACGAGUACCCCUACUACGAGGACACGGACGACCCCAACAAGGAGCCCACCGCCACCAAGGAGCCCGUGGAGGCCGCUAAGGAGACCACGGAGAUUCCCGAGGAGCUGACUGUGCCCCCCACGGGGGCCCCUCCCGUGCCCGACACCAGCGAGGGGGCCGGGAAGGAGGACCCGGACACACUGGACUAUGACUACGUGCCCAGCGAGGACUACUACACGCCGUCCCCGUACGAGGACAGCUACGGCGAGGGCCUCGGGGCCGAGGUGCCCACCAGCACGGCCGGCACCGCCAACGCCUCCAACCCGGCCCCGCCCCCCGUGGAGGGGAAGGAGGACCUGGACGGGGAGUUCACAGAGGAAACCAUCAAGAACCUGGACGAGAACGAGAGCUACUACGACCCCUACUACGACCCCACCGUGUCCCCGUCCGAGAUCGGGCCGGGCAUGCCCGCCAACCAGGACACCAUCUUCGAGGGGAUCGACGGACCGCGGGGUGAGAAAGGUCAAAAGGGAGAACCCGCCAUCAUCGAGCCCGGCAUGCUCUUGGAGGGGCCACCAGGCCCCGAAGGCCCCGCGGGCCUCCCGGGACCUCCAGGGACGAUGGGUCCCACGGGCCAAGUGGGCGACCCUGGAGAAAGGGGUCCCCCUGGGCGACCAGGUCUUCCGGGGGCCGACGGGCUGCCCGGCCCCCCUGGGACCAUGCUCAUGCUGCCCGUGAGUACCCCGACUUGUGGGGGGGGUGACGACGGAGAAGUUGGGCCCCGAGGGCUGCCCGGGGAACCGGGGCCGCGCGGUCUGCUGGGGCCGAAGGGUCCUCCGGGCCCCCCGGGACCUCCUACCCCCCAAAGAAGAGGUGCAGUCCCCCUGCCCACCCUCCAGAGCCCCCUUCAGUGCCUCUGCUUUCAUUUCCUGCAGGGUCCCCAGGGCGAGCCCGGCCCCCCCGGACAGCAGGGCAACCCAGGUGCCCAGGGUCUGCCAGGCCCUCAGGGCGCCAUCGGGCCCCCAGGAGAGAAGGGCCCCCUGGGUAAGCCAGGCCUCCCAGGAAUGCCCGGCGCCGACGGACCCCCAGGGCACCCCGGCAAAGAGGGCCCCCCCGGAGAGAAAGGAACCCAGGGUCCCCCUGGCCCCCAGGGCCCCAUCGGCUACCCUGGCCCCCGAGGAGUCAAGGGGGCGGACGGCAUCCGUGGUCUGAAGGGCUGGAACUGGGUUACAAAAGGGCGAAGUGGGAUCACGUGGAUGACGGGAAAGCUCGGAGUCCCGGGGCUGCCGGGCUACCCAGGAAGACAAGGGCCAAAGGGCUCCAUCGGAUUUCCUGGCUUUCCGGGCGCCAACGGAGAGAAGGGCGGCCGGGGCACCCCUGGGAAGCCGGGACCACGGGGGCAGCGAGGCCCAACGGGUCCACGGGGUGAGAGGGGCCCGCGGGGCAUCACGGGGAAGCCGGGCCCCAAGGGCAACUCUGGAGGCGAUGGCCCGGCCGGCCCCCCGGGUGAACGGGGACCAAACGGGCCCCAAGGACCCACGGGGUUUCCUGGACCCAAAGGCCCCCCGGGUUUCCAAGGCAAGACCGGCCCCCCAGGACCCCCAGGCGUGGUCGGCCCUCAGGGUCCCACCGGAGAGACUGGCCCGAUGGGCGAGCGUGGCCACCCGGGGCCCCCGGGCCCCCCAGGUGAGCAGGGCCUCCCGGGCCUUGCUGGGAAAGAAGGGACGAAGGGGGACCCAGGCCCUGCCGGCCUCCCCGGGAAGGACGGCCCCCCCGGAUUGCGUGGCUUCCCCGGGGACCGAGGGCUCCCUGGUCCAGUGGGAUCUCCGGGGGAGAGAGGUCCAGCCGGAGCCGCCGGGCCCAUCGGAAUUCCAGGGAGACCUGGGCCCCAGGGACCCCCAGGGCCAGCCGGGGAGAAAGGAGCACCGGGCGAGAAGGGCCCACAAGGCCCCGCUGGUCGCGAUGGUCUCCAGGGUCCCGUGGGGCUCCCCGGCCCGGCCGGCCCCGUCUCCCACCCCUUCCCACAGGGAGAGAUCGGGGAGCCGGGGCAGAAGGGGAGCAAGGGCGACAAAGGAGAGCAGGGUCCGCCGGGGCCCACGGGUCCUCAAGGCCCCAUCGGGCAGCCGGGCCCCUCGGGAGCCGACGGAGAGCCGGGGCCCCGGGGCCAGCAGGGCCUUUUCGGGCAGAAGGGUGACGAAGGCCCCAGAGGUUUCCCCGGGCCCCCGGGACCCGUGGGGCUGCAGGGUCUGCCGGGGCCUCCGGGAGAGAAGGGCGAGACGGGGGACGUGGGCCAGAUGGGCCCCCCAGGCCCCCCCGGCCCCCGAGGACCCUCUGGAGCGCCAGGUGCUGACGGGCCGCAAGGUCCCCCCGGAGGAAUAGGCAACCCUGGAGCGGUGGGAGAGAAGGGCGAGCCUGGCGAAGCUGGAGAGCCUGGCCUUCCCGGAGAAGGGGGCCCCCCGGGCCCCGUCGGUUUCCCCGGAGAUCCCGGUCCCCCCGGAGAGCCCGGCCCUGCGGGUCAGGAUGGUCCCCCUGGUGACAAAGGGGACGACGGCGAGGCCGGGCAGACGGGUCAGGAUGGUCCCCCUGGUGACAAAGGGGACGACGGCGAGGCCGGGCAGACGGGGAUCACUGGUCCUUCCGGCCCCCUCGGCCCCCCGGGCCCCCCAGGCCUGCCGGGUCCUCCCGGUCCAAAAGGUGCUAAGGGCUCCUCGGGUCCCACUGGCCCGAAGGGUGAGGCAGGCCACCCAGGACCCCCCGGCCCACCGCCCUGGGACGGGGAGGGCGAGAGCUACGUGGACUACGCGGACGGGAUGGAGGAGAUCUUCGGCUCGCUCAACUCGCUCAAGCUGGAGAUCGAGCAGAUGAAGCGGCCGCUGGGCACCCAGGAGAACCCCGCCCGCACCUGCAAGGGGUUUUGGAAGUGGAUGGACGCCGGCUCCGGUCUCCCCGGCACCUCAGCCAGAAUCACCUCUUGGCCCAAAGAGAACCCCGGCUCCUGGUUCAGUGAAUUCAAGCGCGGGAAACUGCUGUCCUACGUGGACGCCGAGGGCAGCCCCGUGGGCGUGGUCCAGAUGACGUUCCUGCGCCUGCUGAGCGCCUCCGCCAACCAGAACAUCACCUACAACUGCUACCAGUCGGUGGCCUGGCAGGACGCGGCCACGGGCAGCUACGACAAGGCCAUGCGCUUCCUGGGCUCCAACGACGAGGAGAUGUCCUACGACAACAGCCCCUACAUCCACGCCCUGGUGGACGGCUGCGCAGUGAGCAUCGGCUACCAGAAGACGGUGCUGGAGAUCGACACGCCCAAGGUCGAGCAGGUGCCCAUCGUGGACAUCAUGUUCAACGACUUCGGGGAGGCGGCCCAGAAAUUCGGAUUUGAAGUGGGACCGGCUUGCUUCCUGGGCUAGGAGCCGCGCCGACCCCGAGACCAACCUCGUGACCUCAGCACGCCGCCUGGGGGUGUCCUGGACAGCGAAGGCCCCUCGUCCCAUCCCCGACCUCAUCCGCGCCCCGGCACCCCGCCAGGCCGCACCCCAAACCAGAGAGAGCAAAGGGAAAGAGCCGUGUCCCCACCUCAGAGCCGAAUCACAUGACCCCGAUGCCCCCCAGGUGCCGGGCCGCCCCCGCCUCAGUCUCCGGGUUC